UUCAUGUUACCUGGUUUCUAAUUGAUUCAAUGGAACAAGGAAGUUCAAUUUAAAUUCGUUAAUCACUUAUUUUCCUUUAAAGAGAAGCAAAUUACCUUUAAUUGGUUCGAUUUGUUUAUCAUCAGCUGAUUGAGUUUCUUUUUGUUCAAAUGUUUGAUGUUUUGUUUUCUGUGAUUUUGAUUGUGAUUUAUUGAUUGUCUCCGUUGUUUUUAAUCAAAUGAAUUUAUGUCAAUUUGAUUUUUUUUGUAAAAAUUUGUUCUCAAUAUCUUUGUGAUUACUUCAACUCGAUUUAAAUGAGAGUUGGUUAGUUAAUCGAUUACUAUUUAUAAGAUUUUAUUCAACUCAACGGAUUUACCAUGAAAAGAAAUAGUUUACGUUGGAUUUUUAAUUGUCAUCGAUGGUUUCCAACUAAAGAUGAUCUUUUAAUUGCUUUAAGUUGUAUUCAAGAGGAAGAGAGGAAUAGAAUAUUUAAUUUCGUUUACAAGAAAGACGUUAAACUUGCCUUGAUUGGACAAUUAAUGUUACGUCGAUGUGUCUCUGAUUGUUUGGAUAUUCAUUAUGAUCAAGUUUCAUUCAGAAGGACUGACAAAGGUAAACCAAUUUUACCUGAUCAACUACAAUUAACUGAUGGUGAACCUUUUGAUUUCAACAUCUCUCAUGAUGGUGAUUAUUGUGUUCUAGCUGCUGAUUCAAUCGAUAAGAUUGGUGUUGAUAUUUCGAAGGUUAAACAAUCAAAUCAACAAUCAACUGAUGAAUAUUUUAAAACAAUGGAGAGAAUAUUUUCUCCGCAAGAAUGGAAGUUAAUUAAAUCUCAAGAUCCAAUGACAAUUAAUCAAAGUCCAUUACAUAGAUUUCAUCGCUUUUGGGCCUUGAAGGAAAGUUUUGUGAAAGCGAAAGCAAUUGGAAUCGGUUAUGAAUUACGUCGUAUUCAGUUUAAUUGUCCAACAAUUAAUGUUCCAAUUAAUCAAAUUGUCAAUGAUACUUUGGUUAAUCAUGAUGGUCUUUUGUCCAACAAUUGGAUGUUUGAAGAAUCGUUGAUUGAUGGUAAUCAUUUCAUUUCUGUGGCUCUUUCUGCAGAUGAUUUGACUUGUUUUCGUCAACAAUCAACUAACAAUUUUUUCCAAUUUGUACAAUUUAAUCAACUAAUCAAUCCAAAUGUUCAUGUAGUUGUUACCGAUGAUUUUUGGGUUAAAUAUAAUAACAAAGAAGAGGGUAGACAUGUUUAAAUUGCUCCUUUGGAAUUAGUUUUUUUGUUUAUUGUAAAAUUAAAUGCGAUGAAUUUGAUGAUACAAUUUAUCAAAUUAAUGUUGA